CAUCGUGAGCCCGGGUUUGCAAUAUCUUAUCUUUGCAGCAGAUCAGCGCCGACCGAUAAGCCACAGCAACAUGCUCCUCUGAGUCUCUGACUACAACAUUCAACUGCAGCCUGCACACUUGGAGCUCGAUGGCAGGGCGGUAACUGUCCGUCACCGACGCCCUCAAUUUUACCCUAUAUAACUCGUCAAACUUCUACCCAUAUACACGGAACCCGUUCCACGAUCCUCUUUGUGAGACCCGACAGCCUCACCGCCAUGCGAGGUUUUGUCGCCACCAUUCCGGAGGCCCUGAAGGCGCCAGCCGUUGGGGAGGUGCUGUCGGGCAUCUUUGGCAGCGUCAGCUUGACGGCAUGGAUAUGCCUUCUGCUCCCGCAGCUUAUCACCAACUACAAAGCCCAGAGCGCGGAUGCUUUAUCCAUGAAAUUUCUCCUAAUCUGGCUGCUCGGUGACAUCUCCAACCUUUCCGGCGCCCUCUUCACAAACCUCGCACCCUCAACAAUAGCCUUGGCCAGCUACUUUUGCUUCGCCGACUUGAUCCUCAUUAGCCAAUGCACCUACUACAACACCAUCAACGCCCGCCGCCGUGCCCGUGAGCAGCAACACCUCCACCAUCACCAUCAUCACCACCACCAUCCUCUCCCCCGCCGCGCGUCAUCAACGAUAAGCACCGGCCAGGAGGACACGUGCGCCGUGACCGAUGCAGUCUUGCCCACCGAAGAAUCGCCCCUCCUGCACCACGAGCAGGAGCAUCCCCACCUACAGGGUACCCGGGCGCGGAGCGACUCGACAGGCCUGCCGGGCUCGUACCGGCGGCGGCAGCGGCGCGAGAGCAGCGGGCUGGACCCGCUGACGCGCAUCAUCACAGGCGAGGACGACACGCCUGACAGCAACCCCUGGCUGCACAACGCCGUCAGCCUGGCCGCCGUGUGGGUGGUGGGCGCGGCGGGCUGGUUCGUGAGCUACAAGAUGGGCGCGUGGGACGUCGCCGACGGUGGUGGUGGUGGUGGGCCGUCUGUUCCCGACGACGGAGAGCUGGUGCCGGUUGAGCCGGUCGCGCUGGUAGGUAUGGUGUUGGGGUAUUUUAGUGCGGUUUGCUACCUGUGUGCGCGCAUCCCGCAGAUCAUCAAGAAUUACCGCGAAAAGUCGUGUGAAGGGUUGGCGCUUCUGUUCUUCCUGCUGUCGCUGACGGGCAAUUUCACGUACGGCGCCAGCGUCAUCUCGUAUUCCCAGGACCCAGACUACUUUGUGAGGGCUCUGCCUUGGCUGCUGGGCUCGCUGGGCACCAUGGUGGAGGAUUCAAUCAUCUUCGUCCAGUUCCGGAUAUACUCUCCCAAGAGAGUGCUGAAGGCCGGUGCGGCUGCUUAACGCUGGACAUUCUGGGACUUUGGGACUUCACUCCUGGCGCACACGGGGGGUUAUAAUGAUUUUUGAUGGCUCGUCUUGGAAAUCGGUGAUGGUUGGAUCCGACAGGGAGAACCUCAUGAGUUGAUGGCAAGGCAUGGGCGUGACAUGGGCUCGGUACUUGC